CUUUAUCAUUUUCGGCACAAGCCUACGCGCGUGAUCGAUACUUCCAAGUUCCAACCACCUCCGUCCCUCUCGGCUUCAUUGCUGCUUGUGCCUAGCCGCCUUGGACAACAAAGAAGCGUGGGUGAAUUCCUCUGUGUUUCGCAGCUUCCUGAAUCCUGUUCAUCUUGGACUAGCUGGCGUCAAACAAUUCUGCACCAAUCUUUUGACGUCUUCUUCCCCGGCCUCGUGCUGACACCCGACGCAGACGCAGUUCUUCACUCGCUGCGCCGUCAGGCCGUGAACCGGGAAAGCUUUGUGUCUCAAAAGCUUGUUUGCCUCUGAUCGGCUUUGAUUUCAGGAGUUUGUGUUGCUUUGCUUGUUCCCGUCUCGAUUUUGAGCUCUGUCGAGGCGAUGGGGAAGACGAGGCGAGAAGUCACCGUGAGCUGAGCCCCGCCGCCUCCUUUUGCUCCAAGCGAUGGCCUGCUUCCGCUUCCGCUGCUGCUUAAGCAGCGAGGUCAAGAAGGGCAAGGGCGGGAAGAGGCGGGAGCGGCCCGCGGCGCCGGCGUCCCCGGCGCCCGCCUCGUUCCCCUCCACGGGAGCGCGCUCCAACUUGUCCUUCUCCACGGCGUCGUCAGCCGUCGGCACGAGCAAGUCGUCGGGCUCGGUGUCGGUCUCGUCGGCGCGGAGCAUCCCGGAGCUGUACGAGGAGAGGGGCGCCAACAGCCUCCUCGAGUUCAGGUUCCGGGAGCUCCGGGCCGCCACCAGCGACUUCAGCCGGUUGCUGAAGCUCGGCGAGGGCGGCUUCGGGAGCGUCUACAAGGGCGUCAUCCGGCUCCCUGGCGGGCCUGCGGGUGGCAUGGUGGUCGCCAUCAAGAAGCUCAAUCCCAAAGGCCAUCAGGGCCACAAGCAAUGGUUGGCAGAAGUUCAUUUUCUGGGGGUUGUUGAGCACCCAAAUCUCGUCAAGCUCAUCGGGUACUGCGCCGCGCAAAGUGAAAGAGGCCCUCAGAGGCUGCUGGUCUAUGAGUUCAUGGCGAACAAGACCUUGGACGAUCAUCUGUUCAAUAAAGCAUACCCUGUCCUCCCUUGGGACAUCAGGUUGGAAAUAGCACUCGAUGCAGCUGAGGGACUGAUGUACCUCCACGAGGGAUUGGAAGUUCAGGUCAUAUAUCGUGACUUCAAAGCUUCCAAUGUCCUGCUUGAUGAGGAGUUCAGAGGAAAACUUUCAGAUUUCGGAUUGGCAAGGGAAGGGCCAUCUGCUGAUCAUACUCACGUCUCGACAGCGGUUAUGGGGACGUUGGGCUAUGCAGCUCCAGAUUAUAUUGAGACCGGCCAUCUCACUACAAAGAGUGACGUUUGGAGCUUUGGGGUAGUUCUAUAUGAGAUCCUCACUGGACGGCGCUCAAUGGAGAGGAAUCGUCCUAAGAAUGAGCAGAAACUUCUUGAAUGGGUGAGGCAGUAUCCUGUCGAAAGUAAGCAGUUCAGCAAGAUUAUAGAUACAAGGCUUGAAGGCCAUUACUCUAAGCAGGGCGCUAGAAAAGUCGCCAAGUUGGCCAAUAGUUGUCUUGCAAAGCACAGAAGGGACCGUCCAACAAUGAGAGAAGUGGUCAAGAGCCUGAAGCAAGCAAUGCAGCACAAGGAGUUAGAUGGCGAUGCAGGGGCUUCAGGUGAGACUUCACCACCUGAUGAGGUAUCGGGGAAACCAACAACAGAGGAUGUUGCCGUGGCAUCAGCAAGGCGGCGGAUGCUUCAUCUGGCUGCCCUAGGUGAGAAUGCAAACAGCAUUGCGAAGGCGAGAUUCAUGCUCAUGAGGGCCGCCGCUCCUCCAACUACUACAUAAUCUUCAGUUGUGAUCUUUUCUUUUGACUCUGUACUUUCUUAUGUGGUUAUGAAGAUAGGCUCGUUGGUGACGUUUUCCCUUUGUCAGUGUACAUCUAUUAGAUGAUCAAACAUUCUUUUUUUUUUCUUCCGAUCAGUACUUUCUAUAGGUUUUCUAUUGUAAAGCUUUCUUCCCCUUAGGGAUUCUCUAUGUUUGACUGCAACUUUUUGUUCCUGUUUCUGUUCAUACUCGACUUCACUUUUUGUUCCUGUUCA